UACGACACCUUCGCGAGCCGCACCUAGUUCUGCAAUUGACUUUCAAAUAUUCGUUAAACUCAUCUCCAAACGGUACAAAAGUAGUGCAGUUCAGUUGAAACUGGCAAAACAAGUGACUGGUAGUGAUUGCGGCUACAAAAAUACGCCUUCAGGAUUCCGAAAAGGUCAUCGAAAGUUCACUGCUGCUGGCCGAUUCGAAUAAUCUGUUGACGCGUAAAGCCUCUGUCGUUCAUUUUCUGUGGUAGUGCUUUCGGCCGUUCUUUCCUAGGUUUUUGUGGUUACCUUCUCCCAGGUACGCUACCGCGCUAAGGUGUCUUUAUUCAGCAGCGUACAAACAAGAUAGCAGAUGGAAUGUUGUGUUGUUGAUUAUGAAAACUCAUUUUCCGAGGUGUAGUGCAGUGCAUGAGAGUGAUUCGUGUGUGCAUACAGCAUAUGUAUAGUUUUCUUGAGCUGGCAAAGGGCGGGCGUUGUCAGUCAGUGCUUGGGGGAAUCGCAGUUUGAUUGUAAUAGCGCUGCAAAGUGUGUAUCAGAAGCAACUAAAUAGUUUGUUUUUACAAUUGGAAAUGUCGUUUAUCAGUUAAGAAGAAUAUCAGUUGUGGUGUGAUGAAUCGCAAGGAGCUGGAAAAGUGAAAACUGUUUACAUUGGGUAUACAUUGAUUGAGUGGUCCGCUGCGUGCGUAAAUUGCGAAUCGGUUCCGAUUACGUUGUAGCUGUACGAUAAUUGCAUCGGAAAACACCCCAACACAGUUUAGGGUGUGGAUUCGUUUCUUUGAAUAUUAUAUGUAGCAUCUUGAAAAUAAGAAUCGAAGCUGAAUCAGCCUGCAACACUCGGGAGCCGCCUCAGUCAGUCUAUGGCGAUCCGCGAUAAUGACAGCACGCGAUGUAGCAAGUGUGACGUUGAUUAAGUGCCAGCCUAGUUUGUUCGUAAGAUCACCUCAAUGAGUUUAUUUGGUAACGGUAAUCUUACUAGUGCAACAGAUUGUGACGUGUAUACGCAAUAGCAACCAUCGAAACGAGAGAAAAAAUGAAUCGAAAAUUCGUCGAAAGUGAUAUAAAUUUCAAUUCGAAACGACCGAGUGUGACCGGCAGCGUACAAAUGCUACCUCCCAAGCGUCUUUGUUGGAAGAAUCGCUGGAAGAUUCGAUAUCCGUCGGUGGAUUUGCUGACGGUGCUUGUGUUAGUGCUUUGUGGUGUGACGAUUUGCCACUGCCAAGAAUUCGGUGAAAGUAGUCUGGAAAAUCAUCCGGAUCGUGAUUUCGAGCAUAUUUCCGCAUUAAGCAAGGAGAUUAUUACCAACCAUAUACCGACCAGUGAGAGUGGAGGUGACGACGAUGAGUCACGAUACCAGUUUGAAAGUGUACCUAUUGGGGACGGUAGUGCUCACUAUACGGAAAUUGCGGGGGAUGUAGUGCUUGGUGAGAAGGUUCUACGUGCUGCCGAGAGUCCAUACUCGCUGAGAACCGAUCUGGAGAUCGAACGACGAGCGAGAUUAAUCAUCGAGCCGGGGGUCACGAUUUACUUCGCACCCAUGGUCGGUAUCACGGUGCGGGGUUCGCUGAUGGCUUUGGGUACUUCGGAGAACAAAAUUAUCUUCACCUCGUUACCGAACUCGGGCUAUAAAGACAUCGUAUCGGAUCCGAGGGAAGUAGGAGCCCGACUGGUUGAUGGACCGAGUCCUUUGGCCGGACGAUUGCAGAUUUUAACCAACGGAAAAUGGCGCUCGGUGUGCACGAACUCGAAAAACUGGACAAUUGCUGAUUACGAGACUACGUGUCGGCAGAUGGGCUAUAAAGGAGGUCGCUUUUGGAAUUGGAUGGAUCGGAUUCAGAACUACGAGCCGCGGUUGCUGUAUGAGGAUCCAAAAUGUUCUGGAAUUGAAGCGGGAUUGUUCGAGUGCGCGUGGGGAACGAGGCAGAUUGGAUCGGGAGUUUGUGAUUAUCACAGUGAUAUAGGCAUUCAAUGUUUGCCCCUUUUCGAUAAAGUUUCUCCCCACUGGAGGGGAAUUCGGUUCGAGAGUGCUGAAAGCAAGGAGACACUAGCACACAAUCAUAUACUGUAUGACUUCAUAUCUUUGUCUGAGUUGAGGAAUGUGGAAAUUAUUCGAGCUGGCACGGGUAGAGGUGGAAGUGCUGAAGCUGCCAUAUCGGUAAUUGGGAUACCGCCCAUCCUGGAUCACGUGAUUAUUGAUCAUUCCUCAUUCACGGGAAUCAAUAUCACCAAACACGAUGCGGCUUUCGUGUUCAAAGACGUUACCGUACGUAGAAGCAGAGGAUUUGGAAUAUUCGUCAACUCUAGUUAUGGUUCUACGCUGCUCGAUGGAGUGACGAUUAGUGAGAAUGGUGCUGAUGGAAUUCGCUACGUGGGUCACGAUUUGCGUGCUAGUGAGCGAACAGACCGCAGUAAAGUGUUCGACUUUUGCACUCUGACGACUACAGCCUGGCAAAUCUAUCCGCUGCAUUUAUCCUUUGAACAAUCGCAAUUUGCGCUAUCCCAAAAGCAAUGCGCUCAAUCUUUAACGACCGGUCUCGGUUAUGUGCUCACGUUUCAUUUCGUCUUCUUUGAAAUGGCUCGGAAUGAAAGUGCUGUCGUUCAAAUUUAUGAUGGAAUGUUGGAGAAUGAUCGCUUGCUGGCCUCCUGGAAUAUUCGAAACUCUACCAGACCGCAAAGUGUGACCAGUACUAGGGAGAAAAUGUUUAUUAAAUUCCGAGCGGAUCCACACAGUCAAGUGCUGGCGCAUUUUCGCGUGACAGCCGGUGUCAAGAAAGCAUAUGAUCUCAAUGUAACGCAAGCCACGAUCGUCGACAAUGGGGGUCGUGGUAUUGCAAUAGAUAAUCUUCGAUCGCAGGUUCAUGUUCACGCUUCAACGAUCUCGAACAAUAAACACGCGGCAGGUCUGCAUGUCACCAGCGGUGCGGGCGAUGUGAAUGUGACCGGCUCGAAAAUCAGUUUUAAUGUUGGCGACGGAAUCAACAUCACCUACUACGGAGGUAACCGCAACAUCUCCCGAAGCUCGGUGAGCUCGAAUAAGGGUUACGGAUUUGCUGUCUGGUUGAAUCAAACCACUAAAGACCGGCAAGAGUUUUUGGAGUUCAACCAAACAACAACAAUCGAAUACUCAAAUAUCGUGAAGAAUUUGGAAAUUUCUAUUCUGCACGGUAACUACUGUGGAGAUUCAUGGGUUAACAUAACCGGAAACUGGUUUAACGAUAGUACUAGCAAUGCAAUAGAUAUCCAAUCGUGCUGGUUCGAUACGAUAGAAAACAGAAGAUUGAGACUUCAAGUUGGCCAUAACACGUUCGAGCAUUUAAAUAAAAUUGGGAUUGUUAUUAGUCCAAUUCUAAAUCUGGAAGGAAAAAUUGAGUACAAUCAUUUCCUGAAGGGAAAAUAUGGAGCGCUGCAAACAAGAAACAAACCGUGGGAGGAGUUCAGACAUCUUCCAGUGCGCCUGGUUAUUCAACACAAUCAUUUUAUGUACAACAAAGGUAUCUACGUGGUAUCUCUGGGGUUGUCUCCUAACACAGACAACAAAACUCAGUGGUUACUAUUCACUAGGAACUUCGUCAAGGGCAAUCGAAUCAAGGAAACGUUUGGUCCCCUCGAGGAUGAAGGGGAAGGUCUGGGUGGUGAAGGUCGCCUGAAUCCUAGGUCACGAGUGGCUGCACCAGUGGUGAUAUCAUCCAACAAUGUCGACGUUUUUCGUAACAUCAUCUCAAAUUAUGAAUCAAAGUACGAGGUUGGCUCACAGCUUUCGGAUCAAAGUAAAGCUUUGAACGUGACUUACAAUUGGCUGGGUUACCAGGAGGAGGAGAGGAUUUACGAGCGGCUGUUCCAUCGUAAGGAUCGAUACGAUCUUGCCAAAAUCGAAUACUUCCCGUAUCUGCUGCACCAUUCUAAUCCAGGAACGCAAACAAUCGCCCAGUACGCAAAGUUUGUACCGUUCUUCUACAAGGAGGGUAGUGAUCGAAUCGGUGGAGAAGUUGACGGUCAAGAAAUUCUUCCGUCCGGUAGUUACACAGUAGAACGGGACAUUAACGUUCGACCCGGUGGCAAACUGAUUCUCAACUCGGGUGUUAUUCUUAAUUUCGCCCCUAGUGUUGGCAUGAUGGUGACCGGCAAGUUGGAAGCUCGUGGCCGAAAGCCGGAUGACAUUUUGUUUACAUUGAAGCGGGAAGCCGUUAUGCCGGAAAAUGACACUACAGAGGCCAUCAUGGUUGAUCCCGAUUUUGCUAUGGACAUUGAAACGGAGCGUAUUACGGACACUGAAUCAACUGAGCCGCAGAUGCCAAAGGUUCCCGUGCGAUUGGUGGGAGGUGUCAGUGAUCAUGAGGGUAGACUGCAGGUCUACGUGGAAGGUCGCUGGGGAACGGUAUGUGACUAUGGAUGGACCAUUAUCAAUGCUGCAUUAGUAUGCCAUCAGCUCGGGUUAGCACUGAAUCCGCUAGAUUGGAGGCUGCAGCGAUCGGAGGUUCCGGGUGCGGGUACUUCUGAAGAUGUGCUUCUUUCGAAUGUACGGUGUACCGAGCAUGACAUCGACAUAACUGAGUGUCGCGCGGAGCGAGCUUCGCGAGGGGAUUUCGAGAAUUCGUGCAAUCAUGAGAACGACGUUGGUGUAAGGUGCUACGAAGGAGCUUGGGCUGGUUUGCGAUUUGGAGUGCUAGCGGAGCGUGCCGAUCUUCAGUAUGUGACGAUCGAGAAAGCUGGUCUUUUCGAUUAUAUGACCAACACGUUCAAGCCAGCACUUCAGAUGGAUUUUGCUCGACAUAACCUAGAUAGCAUUCGAGUAGUGGAGAAUCUUCAAGACGGAUUGGGAGUAAUUUAUUCCGAUAUAUUUGCUGGAUCGUCGGUCAACAAUAUUAAAAACUCGGAAUUUUCCGCUAACCGAGGCAAUGGAAUCAGCAUUAAACAGCUAGGCCUCAAAGUGCACGGUAGUAUUAUUAAAGACAAUCGAGGGUCCGGCAUCACCCACGAUUCCGUCGUAUCGGCCAUGGAGCAGCGAGAGAUCACAAGUUGGUUUAAUAUGGUACCUGAUUUCAACAUUGACGAUUCAGAUUACCGUCCAAAUAUGCUACCGCGUGACUCACAGAAUAUCGACAUCGAUCAAUGGCAGAUUAAACAUAUUAUAACCCUUCCCGUGAACGACGAACCGGUUGAAAAGCUUGUAACUAUCCGAUGCCAUCCAGGGUACGUCAUCGGUAUUCAACUACUGAACCCCAUCGAAAAUCGUUCUACAGAGAACAUAUGGAUUUAUGAUUCUCUCGCUGGUAGCAGCACCUCGGAUAUUUGGCAGGUGAAACGUGACAUUUCCGUUUUCCCACUCACAACAAGCAGUUACGGAGCGAUCUUGCACUACAAAAGUGGACACAAUGCUCUGGGAGGAGCGGUUCUAGUGCUGCGUUCUAUACAGGCUCCCGUUCAGAACAUCUACAACCGAAUUGUCCGUGGGCCAGUACCCACACUUCAAAUUACAGCAACAAAAAUUCAGCGGAACUUCCGCGGAUUCACCGGAACCUACUACAAUCGGUAUUUGGGCGAGAAAAGCGAGCUCUACCUGCGUAAAGCAAACGAAUCGAUAAAGCUGGUGAACUGUGAACUUAGCCAUAAUCGAGAGGAGGCGAUUUUUAUCAAUUCGCCGUUCUGGGAUGUUCACGAGAGUAACAUUUCGGAGAUAACGAUACAUGUGAACAAUAGUAUGAUUCGUGAUAAUGGACGGGGAAUAAGACAGUUCUCGAGGGAUCUUCGGUCAUCGAAUAAUUUAUUCCACUACGUGCUGCAGGACACAACCGUUGAGAGUAAUUCUUUCGGAGGGUUAGAGCUCAGCUUGCCGUACGUGUGGCAAUAUAACGAGAACUUUACCCAUUCGGUGUUUCUAGGAAACGACACCUGGGUUAGGAACAGGCGUUUUGGUAUAGUGAUAGACGGACAUUACGCCGCGGUUAAUAUUUCUUCGAACAUCUUCAUGGAUAAUGUUUGCGCUCACGGCUUGAUUGGGCUGAAGGGAAUGGAGAAGAAGUUGCGAAUCGAUAACAACCGGAUCGUGAAAAAUUCUGGCAAGUAUUUGGUGGAAUUUAGAUCGGACAGUCAGAGCGAGAUUCUUGGAGAAAUUCCGGCGAUUUUCGCUUUCAACCACAUUGAGGGCAAUGAGAAGGUGAUUUCCACUAGAUCGGAAAUGAGGAAUUUUAUUCGGGGGGAUCGAGGCAAUGCAAAGGAUCCCACCUGUGUGAUCGGAUUUGGAGGUGUCCAGAAGGUUAAGAUCUAUAGAAAUGUGAUUUUUAAUAAUCAGCAGGAUUACGAUCUGAUUGCUGGUAUUAAAUCGGCCAGGCUGAAUAGUUUUGUUGAUGUUCGGGAAAAUUGGUGGGGAUCUCAGGAUGAGGAAUACAUUAGAGCUCGGAUUUUCGACUUUGAUGAUUGGAAUAACCACGCAGAGGCACAGUAUAGGCCGUAUCUGAUCGAGGAUAAUAUCUACGGAAGUGAAUCGGUGACGAUCUCGAGGAAUAGAACGAUCGACCUAAACAAUUUGGGAGGACGAAUAACGGAGGAUAUUUCGAUAUUCCGAAGGGAGCAACCUUAUGUGAUCAAAGCGGAUAUCACCAUUAUGCCGGGUGUUACAAUGAAUAUUUACCCUGGAGUUGUUAUGGAAUUUGCUCCGAAUGUGGGGAUUCUCGCUUUGGGUACAUUGAUUGCUCGAGGCACUCGAGAUGGAGAAAUUUUGAUGAAACCUAUUCAAGGCGCUUCGGAACAAAUGAAUCGCGUGGAAAGAUCGAUGGAAAAUAUGGUUAACUACGACUCGAUUCGUCUGUGCACCAACAGAAACUGCUCGGGAAGUGAUCAGGAGAAUGAGAAAAUUAGGGAAGGAUUCUUGGAGUACUAUAAUCACACUACGCUACAGUGGAUUCCUAUCUGCGAUCGGAGAUUCACUGAGCGCAAUGCCCAGGUUGUGUGUCGGGAGUUAGGUUAUGAUCCGUUGGAUGUAUUCAUAGGUCAUGAUCGCAGAAUCGAGUUUCAUACGAAUUCACUGACACGAAUUUGGACCUGGGUAGAGCCAAUGGAGUGCCAUGGGGAUGAGCUACGUUUGGAGGAGUGUCCAGAACGGUUGAACGGACAGUUGUAUGGCAGGCGGCAUGAGUGUCAAUGGUUUUCGGAUUUUGUUUUCAUUAGUUGCAAUGGAGAGCCGGAAGAGAGAAACUACUGGGGUGGAGUGCGAUUCGCCAACCCUGAUUUUGAAGCUAGCUUGUACGAGCAUAGAAUACAUGAUGCCGUAACCCAUUCGACAUCGAAACGGUUGGAAAGUGUUAUGGAGUUCGUUCGGAUUGAACGGGCAGGAAUGUUGCAUGGGGAGAAGUCUCCUGCAGUGCAGACCAUUGCAAAGAAUCCGAGUAUCAGCUUUGUGUCAAUCCGGAACAGUGCUCAUCACGCCGUGAAUUUGGUCUCUCCUAGCGACACGAUCCAUUUGAACUUCCUGAAUAUCUACAGAGCUCUGGGACAAGGAAUCAACGCCAUUUCCUUAACUGGUGAAGGACGAGAGAGUGACGAAUCUAGUUACAGUCCAUUGAAGGAUUUAGAUCUUCCGUAUAAUUUGUUCUCGAUGAUUGAUAUUUGUGACACCAAUAAGGAGAUUACCCUCGAGGAGCGAGUUCUAGUGUACUACAAAUACGACAACAAUCCUGUAAAUUGUGUCAAAAUCUUCAAAAGUGCCUACCGCGUGAAACCACUCGGUUUCCGUCUGCUACAAUCGAACUUAUUCAAUCACUCAAAGGAAUACGGUCGCAGGGAUAUGAUUCAACUGAUGGAUGGUGAUAUUUACAACAUUUCAGCUAGAGUAAUCGGAGUUGUCGAUGCGGAUUCUUCGAACCAGAGAAAGUUAUUCAAAACAGAUGAACCCGCGUUGAGUGUACGACUGAUCGCCAGUGGAGCUCCAUCCCGGCACGGGUUUAUAGCUGAGGUUGUCACGCUGCCAAUUUCUGCUAUUGGUUUUAAUCGCGACGCUCAACAUAAUAUAUCCAAUUCGGAGAUACAGGAAUGUGUUGGAGGUGGAGUGCAUUACGUAACGGUUGGUGAAGUGUCACCGACUUUGACCAUGGAACGGAAUCGGUUCGUCCGAAACUGUCGUCAGCUGUACGGUAACUUCUCCUCAUGUGAGGCUACUAUAAGGGCUGAUGUGCAGAACAUGCAGUCGUUGUACUUCCGGAACAAUCUAGUACAGGAGAAUCAAGGAGGUCUGUCGAUACGGGCAGAUUCGCGUGGGUCGGCCACUUCAUUGCGCGGUUGGAUUCAUAACAAUUUGUUCGUGAGAAACCGCAACAGACCUGCGCUGUACGUCGAGGGGCGUCAAUCGUCUCCGUACCAGGUGGUUACCGUACAUAACAAUUACAUCACCCAGAACGAAGCAGCCUUCCGGGAUGUGGUGGUGCUAAGGCAGGUCGUGUCCAACUUUAGCUUCAACUACGUGCACAGCAACAAGGGCGGACGAAUCGUCGAGGUUUCCGGUUUCGAUAGAGUACGGUUACCGAUUUACCAAACCACCUCGCACAAUGGAUUUUAUGACAACGUGGCGACUGAUUGGAGCGGAAGAGCGACAAUCGUGGCUGGAACGGCCGGGCAGCAUUACGUGGAUAACAUUUUUGCGAAUCCGGACAACGACUACGAAAUGAUUACCGUGAAUCGUACCAUAUUUGAAUUCCAGUACUGGAAUAGUACGCUGGACGUUUGGAAAACGAAGAUCGAUGCUAAACUGAACUACUGGAGUUACAACGAAACACUGGCCGUUGGUUCGCGGAUUCGCGAUCGUUUCGAUGACCCUCAGCUGCUAGAGGUGCAGUACCUGCCGCUGCACAUGAACAACGCAACCGUGCUGGACGGGAAGUGUCCUCCGGGCUGGACGCUGCUUAUCGAUACCUGCUAUAUGUACGUUGGAGCUCCGAUGAGCUUCCGGGAGGCGCGAGACUUUUGCCGCUCGGAUAAUGCUUCACUGCCGUUCAUUCACGGCGACAUUAGCGCGCUGUGGUUCUUUUUGGAGCAACAAUCCCGCUACUUGCGUUCGGCGGAAAAAGUGUGGAUCCAGGAUCCGAAUUAUAUCGAUCGGUGUACAUCGUUUAUUUACCGAAAUGUUGAGGUCGAAGAAUGCCACGAAAGACACGCGUUUCUUUGUGAAAUAGAUCCGAAGGUUCAAAUUGAUCCACUAUUCUGGAAAGCUGAUGCGGUCGCGGUCGCCAUGUUAACGGCUUUAAUUCUGGUGUUCGCGCUUCUGCUGUGCAUCUGCUUCUGCUGGGUCUUUAAGUCGCGCUAUCGUCAAACGCAACGGUUGCAACGUAGGAACAGCAUACGACAGAGUAUGCGUAGCUUGAAUAGCAUCGAUCCACAGGGAUCAAUAAGGAGACGCAAUUAUGUCGUCUCCCGCUCAACGGACACGCUCAAAUCAGGCACAACCGGUACGACCGACUACAAAAAGAUGGCCUCUAACGGAUCGAUAGAGUCUGUGGACAAGAGCGUCCUGAGCUCGGAAACCAACUAUGACAUGUACGACAAACACAACCAAGCGUACAACAACGAAUACACCGAGCAGUUGAAAAGUCAGUUGGGUUACAGCGAUGGAACAGCAAACGGCGGACCGGAUUUUAUGCAGCAUUCGAACAGUAAUAGUCCCAGCCGGACAAAAGUGUACGGACUGCCAGAGUAUAGCUCCCAAGGUAGCACUGCGUUUGAAUUAGCAUUCCGUAACGAGGGCUUCCGAGAUACCUCGACCACUUAUUCCGGUGUAACGCGAAACAACUCGAUUAGUACGGUCAUCAAUGAAGAUACUCCCAUUAUUCAUCAUCCGGGAGAUAGCGAUGAUACCGGCUCUGACUUCUAUGGCAAUUCCAGCACACUUCCAAUCCGCGUUAAAGGUGAUAACUUAUCGUUCCUGAACGAACUUAAAAAUCGCCUGCCAGAGUAUGCUCCACUGCCGCCAAGUAAUGGCCACAGUAGCUUCCUGCCAUUAUCACCCGAAUCGCCGGUGAAUGGAUCAAAGCAAAGUUCAAGUACACUGCCAUACGAUCCUAAAAACGAUCGUCCAAAUUUCAACCCUCCCCACGAAUACCAGCAGCCGUCGAUUCAAGUGCGUCCAAGACCGACCGCUUUCGAACAACCACCUCCGAGCAGUGAUGCCAGAGAAAUUCGUCGACCGGAGUCCUACAUGAAGGCGGUGAAAAAGUACGCUACUCCGGGCAAAGAGCGGGAAUCAAUCAUUCCACCGCCACGUGUUGAUAGCAACGGCAGCCGGCGACCGCGGACUGUUUACGAAGCAUCCAGCGAACCCCAGCAGCAACAGCAGCAGCGGUCUCAGCCACCGCCAAUUCCUGCUUCGCCUCCGAGGACCAGCUACGCCAGGUCCAAAUCGGAAGCUUUGCUGGAAACAAACUUUGACGAAGCGCUACCGCCUAUGCCGAGUAUGCUCACCUCGGACAGUCGCAGCUAUUCACAACCUCUCGAAACUGCAAUGUAAGGCUUUUGGAUUAUAUUUUUCAUCAUCUGCCUUAAAGAUUACCACCCGGAGUUAAGUAGUCCAAGCGAGAGUUCGAAAAAAUCAUUAGUCAUAUUUGCAAUUUACAAAUCAUUUCACAGUGAGCCUUAGCUGCAUUGCAUCGAAUAGUAACUAAUUAAACGAUUAGAGUAUAUAAUUAUAUUUUACUAGACGUAGGGAUUCAACGUAAACGAUGCACAUUCUUCGAGUUCAAAUUGCUUCUAGAUAAAGAGAGCUUCAGAGAAAGUGUUCUAUAUUCAGAGCUUUUAAAAGCGUUCAAAAAGCUGCGUAACCAUGGCAACAUACACGGCCAAGGAUAGCGUUAAGAUCUUGUGUAGCAUAAAAUAGCAUUUGUAAGGUUUCAUUUGCUUUUACUCGUUCGCGAGAGAAGGUUCAACCCAGGAAUCAUUCCGUACUGUGUGCAUUAGUCGAACUAAAUUGUCUUAGCUUGUGCUUUAGACGUAGACAGAAAACGUUCAAAGUGUGUAUAUUAGCUAGUUAGAUGAUAGUUUAAGAAUAAACUGUAUUCUUGCAGAGAGACAGAGAAUGUAUUUUUCGUAUUCAUGAUUUGUGAUUCCAGCAAAAAAUAUUAAUAAGAGAAAGCAGCAUGGAAAAUUGCUGGUGAUAAAUAGUAGUAAGCAAGCUAAGAUCGUAAAAUUGUUACGACAAACAUAACUAGAAUAACAGAAUUUUCUUAUUCCCUGGCAAGAUCUAUGAAACAAUUAUCACCAUCAGGAAACACCUAGCACUGUUACCAAUAUGCACGUCAAAAUAAUCUGAUCGUUAUGGAAAGCAAAGCGUGCCACAUGUUUGAUUAACAGCUCGUAACAUUUUGUUUGUCAUUCAUUUCUAAGUUUAUAAACAGUCUAGGACGAACGAAGUGAUUACUAUUGAAACAAGAUAAUCAGCAGCUAGAACGUUUCCGUUUGCUCUAAUAAAUGAUACCUCAUAAAGCAUCACAAGCAAAUUUCCGUGUUUUGUACCGUCCAAUGAUUUAUGUGUUCUUAUUGGGAUGCGUUCAUAUAGGUUUAAACUUAUCGAGUUACGGCAAUAACAGUGAGAGCAUGAUGAUCGUAUGCAAUGUAACGUGAUACAAACAGAAAUAUAGUAUUUGUUACAGUAUUGCUUUCAAAGGGGAUGAUGUUUAAAAAAAUGAUUAUUGUCCUUUAUUUGUUCCGAAAAGAAAAAUUAUGCUUUGAAAAUAUGGCCCUAAACUAGAAACCUUGUUUGUUUUUUGGCAUAUUGAAACAUGUGUAGAGCCAAUUAAAAAAGCUACACGGUCUCCUUGUCUGAAUCUAUUAUUUUUUCUUCAAAGAUAAUAUGUGAAAUCUUGGCUUUAGGUUUUAGUUUGAAAAUUUAGUAUGUUACUUAAGGGAUUUAUAUUACUUCUGAAUAUUUCUUGUAGUUAUUGUCCAUAUACUUUUUUUUUUCAUAAAACCACUGAUUCCUUACAACUCUUUCAACUUAUUAGUUUAGAAACACCAAAUAACCUUUAGUCUUUCGUCGAACAUGAAAAAUCCGUAAUGAUUUUUUACCUCCGUUGUACAUAAAUUGUUAUAUUCAAUUUUACUACCUUAAUUCCUAUAUUGAUUCGUUCUAUUCUAUCGGAUUCUAUUUUAUUUUAUCGCACUUAGUAAAAUCAUGGAUGAAUUAUACCUAAUACGUAAUGUUUUUUAAUUAUGUCGUUUUGACAUGCUUCAUUUAGAAAAUGCUCAAACUUCUGCCCCGAGGUCUGACGUAGAAGUGUUCAUAGACAGUUUUUUUCAUUAUUUUUUGUUUUUUUUUUCAAACCUUAAAAAUAAGAUCAUUAAGCAGAUAAUGUGUGCAGUAGGGAAAGCGAAAAAUAAGCGAACUGGAAAUAUGAUACAGAUUUGGAAAAAUAUACCGCAUUCAGACGGGACUUGAACCCGCAAUCUCCCUUUAAAAUAAGAUUUAAAUAAGAUACUAGAAAAAAUCACACUUUACGUUUUUGAGUGAAGUUAGUUUUUAUAUUAAUUUUAUUCCUAGAUUCAGCCAUUCAAAUUUUAGAUUAAAUUACUCUCAGUUUGUAAAUUUGCAGCAGCUUGAUCAUGGUUAGACGCAGGAUAUUUGUUGGAAAUUUGUACUUUCAAGUGUAAAAUAAAAUAAUUUUAAUGCGAA